CUGUAGCAACUUCCUGCUGUUGCAUGAGGCGUUGAAUUGCAGUUAUUUUCUCUCUGUCUGAAACUCUCACAGACUGUUACACAGAGAGAAGCGGGAGCUGACUCAGGCUAAGCAGGAUGCAGGCUAUCAAAUGUGUUGUUGUGGGAGAUGGAGCUGUGGGGAAAACAUGUCUUCUCAUCAGCUACACAACCAACGCUUUCCCUGGAGAAUACAUCCCUACCGUCUUUGAUAACUACUCAGCCAAUGUGAUGGUGGACAGUAAGCCAGUCAACCUGGGACUCUGGGAUACAGCAGGACAGGAGGACUAUGACAGACUAAGACCACUGUCCUACCCACAGACGGACGUGUUCCUCAUCUGUUUCUCUCUGGUGAGCCCAGCCUCCUACGAGAACGUCAGAGCCAAGGUGAUCCUCUCUAGAUUCUACCUGUAUCUCUCACAUUCAUGGUUGGCGUUGUGAAAUUCAAUCAUUCAU